AUGACGACGUCGGCGGCUACCCCCCCUCACUGCCAGAUGACUCGCGUCAAAGAUGGAGGCAGGGAGCUGGGGGCAGUUCAAGGCCCACUGGGUCUCGACCCCCUCAUCCUUCCCGUUAAAGUCCUCCCAGAGCCAAAAAUCCUCGUCCAGAGGGUCCAGGAAGAACUGAUGCCGGAGAACACUGCUUGGUCUAAUAAUGUUUUUCUGUGUCUCUACAGGCAGCUCCACACUCCCACUAACAUCCUCUUCCUUUCUCUGGCUGUCUCUGACUUUCUUGUUCGUCUUUUAUCGAUGCCUGUUGACAUCCUUAGAAAAACCUCCUGCUGGUUUCUUGGUGACUCUCUAUGUUUUCUCUAUAAUUAUGUUUCCUAGAUCAUCACCUCUGCCUCAGUAGGGGUGAUGGUUCUCAUUUCAGCUGAUCGUUUUGUAGCGAUCUGUGACCCUCUUCAUUAUCCAAGCAGAGUGACUGAGAGAAGAGCUAAAAUGUGUGUGUGUCUGUGUUGGCUCAUCUCUGCUCUCUAUAAUAUUAUACUUGUAAAAGAUGAAUUGAUUCAGCUAGGAAUGCACAAUUCCUGUUAUGGAGAAUGUGUGAUAAAACUCGAACUCUUUCUAACCUUUAUUGUUCCAGUUUUUGUGAUUGUAGUUCUGUACAUGAGAGUGUUUGUGGUGGCCGUGUCUCAGGCCCGUGCCAUGCGUUCUCAUGUUACAGCUGUCACACUGCAGCUCUCUGUGGCUGCCACUACAAAGAAAUCUGAGUUGAAAGCAGCCAGGACUCUGGGAGUUCUAGUAAUUGUCUUAAAAAAAAACCUCUGAUCUAUGCUCUGUUUUACCCCUGGUUCAGAAAAGCUGUCAAACUGAUAAUCACUCUUCAGAUUCUGGAGCCUGGCUCCUGUGAGACAAACAUUCUAUAGAGAGAAAUUAUCCUUUGAACUAAAUUCUGUUGUGUAAAUAUAAAUUCUGGAAGACCACUUUUACUUACAUGGGUUAAAAUGGCCUAUUCAUUAAUAUUCCAUGAUUUUUACCUAGGGAAGUCAAAUGAUGAUGUAUUAAAAUAUGGGGGUGCACUUAGAUGAUAUCUGAAACUGUUAAAUAAUCAUGUGCGACAUAGGUUAUUACUAAUAUGUCAUAAUUGAUAUGGUUACUGUGAUAACUUACAUAUUUAAAAUUUAAUGUUGAUAUUAUUAGGUCUUAUAUUUACGUAAAUGAUAAAAUAGCAACCAUGUAUCAUUGUUAAGUUAGGCAUAUUAUAAUAGGAGAGGGAUUAAAUAAGUUUGCUUCUUCCUGUCC